UAUCUAUGAAUAUUUUUAAGUUGACGUGUUUACCUGUUUAAUUAUUUAUUUGAAAGGAAUUGUUAAUUUGAGUUAAAAGUAGACUGUUUUGAGUAAAAAUACUGUUAAAAAUGAAUGUAGCAACUGUUUUAUUUGGCCUAUUUUUGUUCCUUAGUGGUUUUUGCACAGCUUAUUCUUGCAAAGGCUGUGUAAAUGUUGAUCAGUGGAGUUGGGAGAAAAUUGUACCAAAAUUUAGGGCAGCUUUAGUGAAAUUCGAUGUGGCUUUUCCUUAUGGGGACAGACACGACACAUUCACAAAACUUGCAGAAGAAUUUGCGGAUAAUAAGGACAUUAUUAUUGUUCAAGUUGGUGUCAAAGACUAUGGUGACAAGGAAAACAAAGAACUAGCCGAAAAGCAUGGAAUAAUGUCUAAAGAUGAUCUACCCACCGUUCAACUAUUUAUACAAAAUCAGACAACGCCCAUAGACCUUCCAUUAAGCAAAAAUAAGGAGUGGAGUCUCUCAAAACUUAGAAACUUUGUCAGAGUCAAUACUGAUAUAUACGUGGGGUUGCCAGGGUGUUUAGAAAAAUUUGAUAAGCUUGCAAAUAAGUUCAUUGCCUCAAGUAAUAAAGAGGAACAAAUGAAAAAAGCUGAGUUGCUAGCAAAAAAUUUAAAGGAGAAGGAAAAGUCAAGUGCAAAGACUUAUCUUCUCUUCAUGAAAAAGAUUAUUGAACAGGGAGCUAAAUUUGUGGAGCAAGAAGCUUCAAGAUUAGGAAAAAUCCUCAAGGAUGGAAAAGUAAAGGAGCAAAAGAAAGAGGAGCUGUCUCAAAAGAUUAACAUAUUGCAGUCUUUUGAAAAUAAAAAGGAUGAGCUUUAAUAUUGACUAAGUCUUAGUUAUUGUGUCCAGGUUUUACACAUUCAUACAGUAAUAAAUUUUUUGUAGUGCACUGGUAAGAUUUUUUAUGUACAUUAGCAAGAGGUUUCACCGUGGGAUAUAGAUAAUUAAAUGACUGAUUUAAAGUUGUGAUAUUUCUGUUGAAAAUAAAAGGGCUUUAAAAAAA